UCACAUUGGUGAACGAAUCCACUACAAUAAUAUUCAUCUGGCAACAUGUGCGAAACCGUGUGUUCGUCGAAAAUGUCAAAAUAUCAAAUUCUUCUUUUUUAUUUCUUCGAACACAAUGACGAAGGGAACUUCAAGUUUUGGAAAGCGUCAUAACAAGACGCACACCUUGUGUCGUCGAUGCGGUCGUUCAUCGUACCACAUCCAAAAAUCAACUUGCGCUCAAUGCGGCUAUCCAGCAGCUAAGAUCCGAUCAUACAACUGGUCAGAAAAAUCAAAGCGCCGGAAGACCACAGGAACUGGCCGUUGCCGUUACUUGAAAAUUGUACGCCGUCGUUUCCGUAACGGAUUCCGUGAAGGUGGACAAGCUAAACCCCAACGCAAAGGACAAAACCAAGCCUAAACUUAAUUCAAUUUAAUUUGAAUAUGACCCAUUUAAGCAAUGCUGUUAAAAUCGAAUAAAAAAACAUCCAUAGUUCGAAUAAAAUUUAACUCUUUGCACUAAAA